AUCCCAUGCCAAAAUAUCAAACGCCGUGUCUUCAUCAAUGUCUCUCCUACACUCCCUUCUCUUGCUCUCGCUCUCGCUCCUAGCUCGAGCCGCCGUCCCUCCCUCCGCUCAGUUCAAGUUCGUCAACGAAGGCGAGUUCGGGCCUUACGUCGUCGAGUACGGCGGCAAUUACCGGACCACCAGCAUCUUUAGCUCCCCGUUCCAGCUGUGCUUCUACAACACUACCCCCAAUGCCUUCACGCUGGCCCUGAGGAUGGCCACCACGCGCUCCGAGUCGCUCUUCCGCUGGGUCUGGGAGGCCAACCGGGGCAGCCCGGUCCGCGAGAACGCCACCUUCGCGCUCGGGGCCGAUGGCAACCUUGUCCUGGCCGACGCCGACGGUCGGGUUGCGUGGCAAUCCCGCACCGCGAAUGGAGGCGUCGUCGGGUUCAAAUUGCUCCCCACGGGCAACAUGGUCCUCUACGACUCCAGGGGCAAGUUCGUGUGGCAAAGCUUCGACUCGCCCACGGACACCCUCCUCGCGGGCCAGUCCCUGCGGGCCGGAGCGGCGAGCAAGCUCGUGAGCCGGGCCUCCGAGGCGGACAACUCCAAUGGGCCGUACAGCAUGGCGAUCGAGCCCAAGCAAUUGUCCCUCUAUUACACCAGCAAGAACUCCCCGAAGCCGCUGCUCUACUACACGUUCGCCGCAUCCAUGUACCUCGCCAACGAGUCCUUGGCCGAAGUGACCCUCGAAAGCGCGCCGGAGACCGCCGAGGGCUUUGCCUACGAAAUCACCCUGAAAUACGCGGCCGCCGACAAAACCAGCGGCGUGGGCGGCGGGGGGCUCAUAUUGGCCCGGCCCAAGUACAACGCCACGCUGACCAUACUCAGGCUCGGGAUCGACGGCAACCUCCGGGCCUACACGUACUACGACAAGGUGGACUACCGGGCAUGGGAGGUCACCUUCUCCCUCUUCUCUCGGGACGGGGACUGGGACACCGAGUGCCAACUGCCGAGCCGGUGCGGGAACUUUGGGCUCUGCGCAGACAGCCAGUGCGUGGCGUGCCCGUCGGCCCGCGGGCUUCUGGGCUGGAGCGAGAGCUGCGCGCCGCCGGGGGUCGCAAGCUGUCGGCCUGGCGACUCCGACUACUACAAGCUGGUCGGGGUGGACCAUUUCCUGAGCAAGUACACGAAGGGUGAUGGGCCGAUGAAGGAGGGGGAUUGCGGGGGCAAGUGCAGCAAGGACUGCAAGUGCUUGGGUUAUUUCUACAACCAGGAGAGUUCACGGUGCUGGAUCGCUUACGAGCUCAAGACACUGACCAAGGUGGCUAAUUCCACGCACGUGGGAUAUAUCAAAGUGCCCAAGAAAUAAAUCUUAAAACUCUUGUUUUCUUGGUCUUCGUUUUGUUUAUUUGACUUUCGGAGAAACUUGUAUUGUUGUGGUGUCCCCCAAUAAAUGACAACGAUGAGGCUUUUCUGUU